UGCAGACCAUUAACCAGCUAAGAAAUACUACAUAUUAAGACACUUCAGGAUCUUCCUACAAAGCUCAGAAAAAAUAGAUAUAAUAUAAAGAACUCCAAUCAACAAAGAAGAAGCAAGAAACACAGAUCCAGGGAAUAUUGGGUCUAAAACCCUAUAAAAGAAGAAGUAACACUUCAGGAACUCCCGGGAAAAUGAGCACUCAACCUAAUAUGCAAGAUGAGAUGUUAUUGGUGGAGCGAGUGUUUCUUCGGAUUGGCUCGGCAGCAACUGAUGAUGUUCUCGAGGAAGAGUUGCGCAAGUUCCUGGCUCCUGUUAUCCAGAAACUGGCAUCCCCACAUGAACCUGUUCGGAGAAAGGUCAUGGAAUUGUUAAUCCAUGUGAAUCGCCGGGUUAAAGAUCAUGAGUCCAUCCAGCUUCCUGUUGAAGCACUGCUUGCCCAGUACCAGGAUCCAAGUGCUACAGCAUUUGUUACAAACUUCUCAAUCAUCUACAUCAAAAUGGGAUAUCCACGGUUGGAUCUGAAUAAGCAGGUGGAGCUUUUACCUCUGAUGCUCAACAGUUUGGAGGGAAAACCUCAGCAACAUCAAGACAGCCUGCUACUUCUGAUGGUACCAGUGUUUGGUCACAUGAAAAUCCCUGAUUCAGCUGAGAAGACAGCUUCAUUGCUUGGCUUGCGAGAACGUCCAGGAAUAACGAAACUGCUCCUGGAUUUCAUGUUGGAUGUACUGCUUCUACCAUAUGGUGUUACUCCAUUAUCACAGCAAAGACCAUCUGAUACACCACAAGAUAAUUCAGAAGGCCCUCCUGUGCCAGGAGUACCAGCUGGCAUGAGCAUCAGCAGUUUUAAACGUGUUAUGGGAGAGACACCUCCAAAGGCAGAAGAUCUGGAGAAGCUGAAGGUGUCAAUUAUAAAAUUCUUAAGUUCAGAUGUAUUACUUCCAUCAUCUGUUGUUCUUCAGCUGAUUGUCGGUGCUGCAGAUACUAGAUUUUCAGUGGCAAAUGCUGCUGAUUUACAGCUGAGAAGAAUAGAAAGCAGUGUUGAGUGGAACAGCAGUGCAGUUAUUGCACCUCUGUAUGUAUUGUUCCUUGGUACCUUAAUGCCAAAGGAUCGAACACCAGCAGACAAAUUUAAGAAUCCAGCAAAUACCAGAAUUCGUUUAAAACUGAUGCCAUACUUUUUGAAAUCAAAGGAGGCUUGCAAUUAUGCCCCCCUUGCUUUAAAGGUAUUUUUUGAAUGUCUGUGGGGCCAGAAUUCAAAUGUAAAGCUUAAGCAACAAGGAGUAAGUUUCCUGCAUCACAUGGCAUUCAAUGCUGAUCAAGAAAAGUUGGCUCCAGUGGGAAGUGUCUUGUUUGGCGGAGUUGUCAAGGUCAUUGAAGAAGAGAAGUCUGACCCUAAGCUGAGGUCAUUAGCAUAUGGAGCCUUAGCAAAACUUUCAGUAAAGCUUCCAAGUCUCCUUUUAUCUCAUCCAUCACAACUGCAUUAUCUUCAGACUCUGAUGAAUGCACUUACCCAAGAGGAAGGGGAUGUAUUAUUAGCUGUUCAAGAGGCUCUUUCUAUGGUAGCUCCUGUAUGCAAACAGCUGAAUACAUCAAGUCAAGAUCAGCUAUGUAUCCUGCUGUCAGAACAUGUCCUGCACCACAAUGCCCAGUUGAGACGCACUGCAGUUCAUUAUGCAGCUUCUGUGUUUCCUCAUGAUCAUGUUCCAUCAAGAUUCAUUCUUAUGGUGGCCACAGGAGAUAGCCACGAUGAUAUACGCUUAGAAGCCCGCCGCCAGCUGUAUAAACCACUGCAGCAGUCUAAGGAUGGAACUCCUACAUAUCAAGUCCCACCUUUCACUUAUGUUAUUAGUUAUGUUCUGGAGCGUGUCGAUGCUCUCCCAAGGAGCAAGUGGAUGGAUGUAGCAAAUCAGCCUGUUCCAUUUUCUUUACCAAUCAUGGAGCAGAUGUUGAACUACCUAGAACACUGCUUAGCCGUUGAAGCUGGUAGUGAGACCGGUCGUGGAGAAGGCCUGUUCUGGCCUGAUCCCCCAGCUGUAGGGAAACUUUUGCAGAAGAUAAUUGAUGUACAUAAUCAGAAAAUUGCAACUGGUCGUAUUGAAAAAGGACCUAAUCCCUUCAUGCGAUAUGUUGGUUUUGCGGAGCUUGCAGCCAAUGCUUGGUCAUCGGCAGCUUUGGAAUCUAUUCUGAAAGUUGUUGCUGUUGCACCACAUCAUUUCUCUUCACAUUACUCUCGCAAAUUAGACUGGAUCAGGAGUAUGCAUCAAGGAAAUCAGUCAUCCUUGUUGUAUAGAAAGUUGACUUUAGAAAAAAAUCAUAUUCUAUUUCUCAUUUUUGUCAUAGGAAACAGAACAGUUCAUAUAGUUAUAAAAGGACCUAAUCCCUUCAUGCGAUAUGUUGGUUUUGCGGAGCUUGCAGCCAAUGCUUGGUCAUCGGCCGCUUUGGAAUCUAUUCUGAAAGUUGUUGCUGUUGCACCACAUCAUUUCUCUUCACAUUACUCUCGCAAAUUAGACUGGAUCAGGAAAUUUAUCUUGCGUGGAGGACACUACGGUGAAGUUGCAGCCCAUUUGUUUGGCGUUGUUGCGGGACAAGUUCAAGAUCAGCAGGAAUUUGAAAAGAUUGUUUACCCAGUAUCCAAUAUGAAAAAUUUUCGUGUUGAUAGCCAGGAAAGCUGUGUUUUAGCUGUGGGCCAUAGCUAUGCAAACAAUUUGAACAUCAUGAAGAAAGCAGAUAUUGUGUUGGAGGAUUGGCCUGCAUAUGAAUCAGUUGUCCAUGACUUGGUAAAGCAGUUGUUAACUGAAAACAACCCACUGCAAAAUGCAAUUGUAUUAGCACUUGGGGAAUUGGCACGGCAAGGUCCCUUACCCCUCCCAGCUGGCUCAGAAGAGGAUGAACCUAAGACAGUAACAUCUCUUUCCUUGGUCAAAGCACUUGUUACAAUCUUUGGGAACAAGAAGAUACCCUCAAAGAUAAGGGAACAGUCUGUUGCCACUUGUGGUUACAUUUGUGUUGGUCAAGAAGAGUUUCCCCAUAAAAAGAAAAUACUGGAAGCACUUCUAGCACUUGCCAAAGAGACAAAUGAAAUUGAGAUUCAUUUUGCUGUUGGUGAGGCCCUUGCUGACUGUGCCCUGGGAGUUACAUCACCAUCUGGAAGGAAUAUGUGGACAGAGCAGGAUCCUCUGAAGGAGCAGAAAGUAGUAGAGUCAGAAGAAGAAAACAUGGAAGAGGGUAGCAGAGAUGAGAAAGAGAAAGACACAGAUGAGGCCAUGGAGAAAGAUUAUGUGAAAAUGGCAGAGAAACCAGCAGAGGAGGUAGAAGCCAUGGACACUACAGAAUCCAGUGAUGCCACAGUAGAUAUGUCACCAGAUCAAGAUUCAGACCCUGAUACACUUACCUGGCUCCUUGGUGAACUUCUUGACAAAUAUGUAUCACAAACACAGCCCAGUGUCAGACAGGCAUCCUGCAUAUGGUUACUUGCCCUGCUCAAGAAAUGUAGAACAAAACCCAUCAUUCAGAAAAGACUGAGUAGGAUUCAGUCUGCCUUCAUGAAUCUUCUUGGAGAUAACAAUGAUUUGGUGCAAGAUGCAGCCUCUAAAGGUUUAGGUGUUGUAUAUGAAUGUUGUUCUGAAGCCACAAGACAAUCAAUGGUGCAAGGUCUUGUACAGACCCUGACUGAAGGGAAACGCACCGUCCGAAAUGUGACUCAUGAUACAAAGAUCUUCCAGGAUGGAGAACUGGGACGUGCUCCUUCAGGUGGACAGCUGUCAACCUACCGGGAACUUUGUUCCCUGGCAACGGAUCUGAACCAGCCAGACCUUAUCUACAAGUUCAUGAACCUUGCCAACCACAACUCAGUUUGGAAUUCAAAGAAGGGAGCAGCUUUUGGUUUCAGCACCCUGGCAUCCCAGGCUGGAACACAACUGGAGCCUUACCUACCACAGAUUAUUCCAAAGCUCUACAGAUACCAACAUGAUCCAACACCAAAGAUACAGCAGCCUAUGGCAGCCAUUUGGAAUGCUCUGGUUACUGAUACUGCAAAGACAAUAGAGAAAUAUUUUGACCCCAUCCUCUGUGAUUUGAUCAACAACUUGACUCACAGUACAUGGAGAGUCAGAGAAUCGUCUUGUUAUGCACUCUCUGACCUCUUCCGAAGGCAGUCAGCUGUCAAUGCCCUCCACCGAAUCAACGAAAUAUGGACCACUCUGUUUCGUGUUCGUGAUGACAUAAAGGAAUCUGUCAGAUUGGCUGCUGAGAAAACCUUGCAGAUAUUGAGUAAAAGCUGCAUAAAGGUUUGUGAAGGCACUGGUGAAGAGAGCCAGAAAAUGCUUAAGGAAGUUCUUCCCACUCUCUUAACUUCUGGCAUUACAAGUUCAGUUGCUGAAGUUAGGAGUGUCAGCUUGCAAACUGUUUCCAAACUUUGUCGAUCAGGUGGUUCUUUAGUAAAGCCACACCUUGGUACCCUUGUCCCUGCAUUGUUGGAGGCUUUGUCUGGGUUAGAAUCUCAGGCUCUAAGUUAUACAUCUGUGAGACUGAAUGAUGAAGACAGAGAGAAGCUAGACAUGGCUAGAGUAUCUGCAGCCCGAAGUACACCCAUGAUGGAUACUUUGAAUUAUGUACUGCAGUUUGUUGAUGAGGAGUCCAUGGAAAAAUUAGUGAGUGGUUUGAUAGAUGUCCUGAAGAGCUCUGUUGGUCUUGCCAGUCGUGCAGGAGCAGCACAUGUUGUAGAGACUCUUACUCACACUUGUCCUCGUCCAUUGGAGAAAUAUACAGGAAAACUUUUGGCUGCUCUAGUAAAUGGCCUUAGUGAUAGAAAUGCUGUAGUCAGAAAGGUAUAUGCUAAUGCUAUUGGUAACCUUGUGAAGACUGCUAAAGCAUCAAGUGUAGAAAAGCUUCUCACCAAACUUCAGACUUGGUAUUUGGAGAAAGAGGAAGAUAGUGUUAGAAUGAGUGGUGCCCUUACUAUGCGCAGCAUGCAUGCUCAGAAUAAUGAUAUAAUGAAGCAGCAUGCCUGUCAGGCUAUGCCUCUUGCAUUCUUCGCCAUGCAUGCAGAAAAAACUCUAGAAGGUGAUUCUAAUGGUGCUGAAAUUUGGGAGGAAAUAUGGUCUGAUAAUACCCCAGGCACAGAAUCAGGAGUGAGGCUUUAUCUAACAGAAAUCAUUGCAAUAUGUGAACAAGCUUUGCAAAGUUCUACUUGGGCAAUGAAGGCUCAGGCAGGUAGAGCCCUCUCAACAGUCUCAGAAAAACUUGGAUCAAGCUUAAACGAUGCUUUAGUCCUCUCCUUAGUUACACUUCUUGUUAACAGCUUGCAGGGUAGAACAUGGAAUGGAAAAGAAUCUCUUGUGACAGCUCUCUCAAAUGUUUCUGUACAUACCAAAUCUCAUCUAAAUACCUUAAAACAUCCAGAUAGAGAUGAACUUUUGGUGGAAGAAGUGGUGAAAGUUCUAACAAGAGAAGCAAGUAAAGAGAGGAUGGAAUACAAAAUCCAUGCUAUUAAAGCUCUUACCACUGUUCUGGAUACUUACCAAAUUGAUAGAUUUGAAGAAGUUUUUGACAUCUGCCUGCCAUACUUGAGACAAGAUAAAGAAGACCAUGAGGAUGGUGAGGAGGAAGAAAGGAACAAGAAGGAGGAGUCGCUGCAUUGGGACCUCAUAGAUGAAAUGGUGCAUUCCUUAGGUAGAGCCUGGCCAGCAAAGAAAGAGACACAAGAAAAAUACAGUGAACGUGUAGUGGAGAUGCUGAAUAACAGUGUCUCGCGAGUCCCUCGUAAAACACAGCUGAGCAUUGUGGGAGCCCUUAAGCACUUCUGGGGGACUCAUUUCCUCCUGAGUGAAUUGCCUUCUUCGCUUGGAUCUCCUCUCUUCGACCCUCUUCUUCACCAUUCGUGCAGGAUAUUUAACUACUGCUUAGGUGUUGCCAAGUUUUACAGUCUGCGGAGAGAAUCCCUUGUCGUGCUGAAUGACUUCCUAGCAAAAGUGAAAGUGAGUGAAACACUUGUCGUGAAGCUUCGUUUGGAGCUUUUGUCUGGAGUGGAAGAAGCACGUCGAGAUGCCCAGCCAGAUGUGCAAGCAUUAGCUGCUUCAGCACACAAGAUACUCCUUAUGGAGAACACAGGCAGCAAAUAGUGAUGUAGAAAAACUGGUUCUGUAGUGUGAAGACAGAAGAAAAAGUCUGCUUUUCCAAUAACUUACUUAUGUGUGUCUUGGACAUGUAAAUACAUGUGUGUGAGGUUUUCAUACAACAUCACCCCGUAAGUUUUUAAUUAACAAUGAAUUUGGUAUGUGUGUUGUCAGAGAACUUUUGUAACACUUGUAUGAAGAGAAUCAGUCAUGUUGUAAAUAGGUUAAAAGAAUAAUUAUAAAUCAUCUAAAUCAUGCUAUUAUACUAUUGUAUAACCUAAGAUUAUUAAAAGUGCUACAUAAUUGAAUAUUUUGUCAACAUAAGAUAUGGAAAUUUAAUUCCGACCAAUGACAUAUUUUGUCAUCGUAGUCUAAAAGUUAAGAUUAUCAUUACCGGUAAUUAUGAUAUGUCAUUAGAAUGGAAGUAUAAUUAAGUUAAUAAAGGAUAGUAAUGUUA